AUGGAAGGCCCAGACUCCGAGUGGCGCGAAGGGAUCGUGGCCGGCAUGGUGCAGACCCGCGACAAGGCGGACGAGGUGAUCCUGCCCUUGCGGAACCUGCGGCCCAAUCAAUGGUACUGCGUGCAGGUGGACGCGCGGUAUCCCUACGUGGGGAAGCGGGCCUUCUCGGACUCCAAGGCGAUCUCCCCGCCUUUUUUGACUCCCUUCCCAGCGCGGGGGCCGCUGCAGCCCAUGCCGGUGCGCCUGGACCUGGAUGAGGAAGUGGAGGAGCCCAGCGAGGAUUCAGAGGACUUCUGCUGGGCGGCGAGGCCCUGGGUGUCUUUGAGGGUGGAGAAGGGCUUCCUGCCAGAGCAGUACAUGCUGCAAUACAAGGAAGCCGUGCCCGGGGGUGAGGAGAUGGGCAAGGAGCAUUUCCACGGCUGGGAAGAGCCCAUGGUGGUGGAGCGGUUUAACAAGGACAAGCGGAACAGCGAGCACUGGGACACCGUGCGCGUCGGGCUCCCCGCAGGCGCCCCGGAGAUCGUGGUGUUGCGCCUGAUGACGGUGUCCCCCAAGACGGCGGCGCCCCUGCAGUGGAGCAUUGCCAGCCAGCCGGUGGUUAGCCGGAUCGCUUUGCCUCGGCUGGCGGAAGGUCAGGAUGGUGCAGUGAUGCGGUUCCUGCCCUCCGUGGGGGCGCUGCAUCUGCACCUCCGCUUCUUCUUGCAGCCCGGGCCGGUGCUCAAGGAGGGCCACCUGCCGCAGACACAGCGUACCGCUACGACCAAUGAGUCCGUGGGGCACCGACACGUGGCCCAGUACCAGCUGCGCAUCCGCAUGAAGGGGGAGACUCAGAAGGAGCUGCCGGUGGGUGUGAAGGGCCCGAGACGCUUCAUAGAGCUCCCUGCUGCGGCUUUGCCACCGGCACAUGCUGUGGGCACGCAGCCCAGCCUCGGCGAGCCUGAGACCUGGGAGGAGGCCUGGGUGGCCGGGCUGCUGGGCUGCUUCGGGCAUCGCUACGAGCUCCAGGUGGACCUCAGCGACCAGUUGCGGGAGUUGCUCAUGGGCCAUGACCAGCUCGAGGCUUCCCUGCGCGUGGGCACGGAGUACCGAUGGUCUUGCUGGACCCCCUGGUCCGCACCGCAGCCGCUGCCGCUGCCGCUCCCCGCGCCGCUGAGGAGCAGCGUGGCGACUGCGGAGGCUUUGGGCCCCACUGCGAUCAAGGUCUGCUGGCCACCUUUCGACCGGGUGCCCGGCAUCAAUAGCCUGGAGUACGUGGUCCGUGCAGAGCCGCAGCUCGGGGAGGGCGCCGCCUCCUGCGCGGAGACGGUGAUCUGCUUCCAGCAUGAGCCACGCAAGGCGGACGGCCAGAUUGUGGGCUCCAACCAGUUCCAGCGGCUGCUGGACGCGAAGGAGGACUCCCACCUGGCGCGCCUGGCGGCCUGCUUUCAGGACAUCCGCGACUUGGAGGGUGACGAGGAGAAGGACACCAAGCUGCAGGUGGAGUUGAAUGGCCUGCUGCCGUGGACCCGCUAUCUCAUCUCGGUGUCGGCUCGGUAUCCGGCCGGAGCAGGCAUCUACCCCCGAAGUCAGCUGGAGGGCCGGCCGCAGUCGGAGGGCAUGGGCCUGCUGGUGGGCCACAAGCUCACCACCCAGGUGGUGACACCGGGAGGUGAGAAUUGCCCAGCACCGCCUCGGCAGGUGGGCUGGCAGGACAUCCCACAGGAGAAGCAGCAAGAGGACGGCUCCAAGUUCCUGGAGACCGGAAAGCGUGCGGCCUUCCUCAGCAUUGAGGACCGCAGCGAGUACGUCUUGGAAUACCGGGCAUGCGCGCCCACUUGGGCCCACUACGACCCGGAGGUGGGAGUGGCGCUGCGGGAUUUUCAAGGCAGCUGGCCCAGGAACGAGGAUGAGGAGGGCUCGUGGAAGCGUGUGCCCAUGGUCCAGCGCCUGGGCCGAGGCGUGGGAGAGGCGUACAGCACCAAGAGCUUUGGCGGCUUCACGGCGCCUGCGGAGGCGACCAUGAAGCGUUUUGCCGUCGCGCGGUUGGUCCCGGGCCCGUGCUGGUCAGGGAAUGUCCCUUAUGGCUUCCUGGCGAGCGGCCUCUCGCUGGGCAGCGGGUUUUCGGUGUCCAGAGCAGAGAGCCGGAUCCAGGACAUAGGUUUCCUCACGGACCUGGAGGGCGACCUCGACACCUUCGAGCGCUACGUAGCCUCCAAAGACUCGGUGCUCCGACGCUCGCCCGGCGGCCCGCUGCGUUUGGGAGAUUCGAAGGCCUUCGUCUUUGGGGGGGACCUCUUCGACCGUGGGAAGGGGGACUUGCGCCUUGCCCGAGAGCUGCUGAAGCUCAAGGAGACCUAUCCAGAGCGGGUGUUUUUCCUCCUGGGCAACCGGGACAUCAACAAGAUGCGGCUCUCCGCGGAGCUCAGCGAGGAGGCGCUGGGCCGCAAGCCCUCGGAGGCCUUCGUGGCCUGGUGGGACCCCAAGGCGCCGACUCUGGCAAAGUUCCUGGAGACCAAGCGCCAGCCGAACACCGCCGUCAGCCGCCUGAAGUGGAUGCUGCGGCACACCUUGGGGGCCCCCGGGGCCUUCAACUAUCGCCGCGAGGAGUUGGCCAUCCUGCGAAACGCGGAGGUGGACCAAAUCUCGGAUGAGGAGGUGGUGGCCAGCUUCCAACGCUCCGUGCUCCACCCGCAGGGGGAGGUCAGAAGCUAUCUGCGGGCCGCGCAGAUUGGCCUCAUCUUAGGGGACACCUUGUUCGUCCACGGCGCUGUGGACGAGGAAGCCUUAGGCUUCGUGCCCAGCCCGGAGACCAGGUACCAGGCCCACAGCAAAGAGGAGCUGCUGGCCCUGCCGAAGGCGCAGACGGGCUUGGCGCUCAAGGCCUGGAUCGAGGCGUUGAACGCCUUCGCCGCCGAGCAGGUGGAGGACUGGUGCCGCCAGCCUUUCUGGCGCACGGAAGAUGGAGUUCUCCGGCGCGGAGGGGAGGCUCUGAUGGCGUACCAGUGCCGCCCCGCAGUGGCUCUGAGCACCGUGGUGGUGACCUGCUACGUGGAUGGCAAGAACAUGCCGUCCCGCAAGGCCAUCGAACAGGACAAGAUCGAGCGGAAGUGCACAGACCCGCUGAGCCCCAAGGUGCGGGAGUACUUGGCGCAGGGCCAGGUGCGGCGUGUGGUGGUGGGCCACAAGCCCAGUGGGGAGGCGCCCGCGGUGCUGCGCACAGAUGCCGAUGGGCUCGGACCCUACGAGGUGAUCUCAAUGGAUACUAACUAUGCCAGCACCCAGGACCACUCCCAGCGCGGGGGCUCCUGGUGCGAGCUGCGGGUCGCCCUGCUGCCGGGUGGCGGCUCCCAGGCGCGGCUCCGCGGCCGUCGCCCGGACUCCGGCGACGCCUUUGACUUCCGCCUGCCAGGGAUCGGCGGCGACUCCGGCGACGGAGAUGAGUUUGUUGGACACCAAACGGCGGAUGGUUGGUGGGUGCGGCUCAAGCUGGCCUCGGGCCAGUACUUGCUCUCGCGGGGAGAGGGCCGCAUUGCCGAAUAUCGGACUGUGGAGGCCAAGGAGAUCGCGGCCCAGGUCCUCGAGCUGCCGGCGCUGUGA